AUGGGCCCCCCAAAAGACGAGGAUGAAAUUGUGACGCGGCCAAAGCUUGCUCCGCCAGAGCCCGCAAGCAGCUCACCUAUCCCCAAAUCGAAGCGCCGACCAGGUCGCACCUUCAAGAACCCGAUUCGGAGCAGCUCAUCUCGGUCCUCCCGGUCCUCUCGGUCGAGGUCGAGCCCCUACGACCGUCCUUCUAAUUCGCCCAGACCUAGAAUCUCGCGCCCGCAUACUCCCCGCAGAAUCUCCAUACUCGAGGCCCUCCCCGUCGAGAUCAUUGAGCAGAUAUUCCUAAACUCGCUCAAUCUAAACCUUCCCCGAGCUUCGCCGUUCCUAUCCCGCGCCCUCUCCGGUGAACAUAUCUACCGCGCUCUCAUCCUCCUUGCGUUCUGGAAUGAUGCGCUCGACAACCCCCGUAGCAAGGCCAUUGACCGGAUGAUGGUCCCGCUCACUUACGUUCCUCUCAAACUGGACGAACGCGCCCGAUUACAAGAAGCCGUAUUCAAAUGCAGGUGGUGUACCGUGGACCGCGUGCGCGAACAGGUCCCGACAAUGCAGAUCCUGAGUAUCUACCGUCGCUGGAUCAACGCCGGCAUUGUGACGGAGAAGGAGGAGCAGGAUGCGUUUGAAAAGCUCAUAACACGUAAGGACGACAGCGUCCGCAUCUUCCACGGCAAGGGCGGCCCAAUGAAGGAAAUAGCUAGCAUGCCCCCAGAGUGCUUCCGCGUGAUCCUGAACGCAAUGAACGGCAUUCACGAAUACAAGCUCCAUAUCAUGCCAAUGGUCACCACCGAGCUCCAAUGUGUGGAUGUGGGGUUGACCGUCAAUAUCCCUGCACUGGACCUGUGCAAAUUCCCAUCCCAUCUCCUCCGAGGCCGCAGCAACGGAUUCCUUCCGGAAGACGUUGAUUUCCUAGAGAUGCUACGCAUAACCUCGUGCAAUUGGACCCCUCCAACGAGCUCCUUGACGCCCUCGACUCUGACGAAAGUCGACCGCAGAGCCCUGAACGAAGGAAUCCAGAACGCAAUUCGUCACCAGAACUUCGACGCCAUGCUCUCCCUCCUCAAAAUCGACGAGUUCCUCUUCCGCUAUAAAGUAGAGAACCAACGCCGCAGCGUCUACUAUACGAUCCCGAUCGAGCAUUUCCUCGCUGUUACCCGCACCGGCCGCGACAAGCCCCAUCUCAACUUGGAUUUCUUCCAGGCUCUUCUCCGUGCUAGUGCGGAGUCCUUGCCUUGCUGGUCAUCCGAGAUCACCAAGUGGACUGUGGACAAUAUGGAACUCGCCAAGAAGAACCCGGAUACUUAUAACCAGACUAAUGGUAAGUUUGCGCGCUGGUUGUCGAAUUUCCUGCUGCGUCUCCCUGCGAAGGUUGAGCAUGCCCAUGAAUUCCCGACUGGUCAGCUGUUCUGUAAUGGUCAGUUGGAUGUCACGGAUUUUGAGGGCCGUCGCUUUGUCGAUGAGGUUCUUGAUGCCUUCCGCGGACCAUUAGGGAAUUGGAUGAUGGAGAGUUCGUUCCGAACUGAAGAUCACUGGCUGAAGAAGUUCGGCCCCUCUCUUCCUCCAUGA